AUGGUGAAGGAUAAUAACAACUCAGGUUCGGGCGCAUCGAUGCUGCCGAAAUGGAGCAUGCAAAGACGGGUGAGUAUGUUUUUUUGUUUAUAUGUUAUAAUUCCUAUUUUUACGAAGCUUCUAUGUAGGGAAUAUUAAAAUGUAAUGUGUGAAUUAGUGCUUAUUAUUAUUAUUAAUAUGUAUGUUCUUUUAUUUUAAUUUUGCAGGGUAUUUUCGGACCACAGUUAACGUCCGCCGAUCGUGAGGUAGGGGUCGAUUUGAUUUUUGUCCUGGAUGAAGAAGAUGUGAGAUCUGCUGGAACUGAUGAGAAUAUGGAGAGUUUGCUGUCGGCUCAAGCUCUCUUCCGUGUACUGUAUAAAAGAGUUAGUUUUUUUAAAAAUUUAAUUUUUUUAGUGUCCCCCUCCCCAUUUUUUUGAGAUGGCUGAAUAAUUUUAUAAUACACGUUUUUGUGCUUUAGGUUGGUGAGUUUAACGAUGACAAGGAAUGGAAGGAUUCGAUCGGAUUACUCCAUCCGGAGUUUGUUCAGCGUUUUCUCGCAUCCGAUAACUUCACGGAGUCCUUUGAAAGAACAGCUUGCUUCUCUCAUCCAUCCGUACGGCGUUACCUAUUGCCUGUCUACAUGAACCGUCAUUUCUUCCUUGUUUAUAUGGCGAAACAAACAAGUGGAGAUGUUUCGGUUCUUGUAUUAGAUUCGACGUUCGGCGGAAACGCAUACACUUUCGACGUCGAUUUAAAGUGUAUUGCAAAAGGCCUGUUCCAAUCUGUCGGCGACAUCAGAGUUACCCGCGCUACUGAGGCUCAGAUUCCGAGACAAGUAGAGAAUGACUGUGGCAUUCAAACUAUUCUCAAUGCUCAAUGCAUUAUGCAAUCAGACGAAGUCGUUCCGUCGAUGGUUCAGCUUUCCAAAAUAAUAUUUGAAACGAUUCGUGACCGGGAGGAGAUCAACACGCAGCGCUUGUUGUUGCGAGUGGAGCUGUCGGCGAUUGCCUCGCGUGAUUUGACUGAUAUGGGACGUAUUGUGCACAGGAAACGUCCUUCCAGUAGUCAUGAAGUUGAGCCGCGUGAGAUUCCUCCGAUCAAGAAGGUUUGUAGCGAUAGAAGCGAGGAUCUCCAGAUCAUAUCAGUAAGUGCUGUUUUCGUGUUUCAAAUGUUUUUACUAUUCUUUUUGUUUCAUGAUUGUGUAUUCCAUUUUUUCAGCCUCCUUGCUCGAAUGGUGUAAAGAGAAAAUUAUCGAAUUUGUGGCAUGGGAAGAAAACCGGGAAGAUGGCGGACAAGGGAAAGAUCGGUGCGCAAGAACGUUGGAAGGCUCCGGAUGAUGCGAUAACAAAAACGAAGAAUGCCAAUGAGAAUAUUAUUAUGCAGUCGUCAUCUUCGAAAGACGAUAGUUCUGUGGUCCCAGUUGUCGCUCAUGUUGUGACGCCGUCGAUAAGGAAAGAGAGGAACGCCAGUGAGCGUAAGUCACAGGUAUGUGUUGUGGAAUUUUGCAUUGUUUCAAAUAAUUUUUUCAUUUUUUCAGACCCCUGAGCUCGCCGGCCUUCGCAUUUCAACUAGUUCAUCGAGUGCGGAGCACGAUUCAGUGUUGAGGGAUAGUACUUCAAAAAACCUUCAACCGAUGACAAAUUUGAGUUCAUUAAAAACAAAAGGAGAACGGAUACAAAUUAAACUGUCGAUGGCAAGAGACAAAGCGAAAAAGUAGGAAUCCACUAUUUCACAACACUUUUUUAAAAUGUUUUUUUCCAGAGCUUUUUGGUCACUGAGCAAAAAGAAAAGAUUCGAUAAGAAACAUCUCAUGGAAGGCAUGACAGUGCUGAUGGAUUUUUGCAAGAAAUACGCUGAUGUGCUGUCGAAACGAAUCAUCAAACACUUGGAUGCUACGAUUGGUGGUCCGAAAGAUAUGUCUGAUGUCGAGCAGAAGCGACGUCAAGUGUGCCGUUUUCCAAUUCAUAUGAAACCGAAGGAGGAUGAUGGAAAGAAAUAUGGAACUGUCAAUGAGGUGUAUUUCAAGAUUUGGCCGGAAUUCAUGGGAUAUGACGAGUCGACGAAGGCGACCGCGUCAGCAACCGAUGUCAAGAAAGAAGGAGAAGAGAGCAAAGGUGCAGAGUCGAAGAAAGGGGAAGAAGUGGUGGUGGUGGCGGCAACAGCAGCGGAAGAAGAAGUAGCAGCGGAUGAAGAAGUAGCAGCGGAAGAAGAAGUAGCAGCGGAAGAAGAAGUAGCAGUGAAAGCAGCACCAGCAGCAGUGGAAGAUCAUCAUGAUGAGGAGGAGGCGGUGACAACAGAAGAUGAAGGCGUGGAAGAAAUUGCGACGUGCAUUGAGCCUAUGGUCAUAUCUGCGGCCGAAGGUGACAAGGAUCUUUUUGAGCCGCUCAACUUGAAUUGUUAUCUUUCAAAACAACAAAGAGCAAUUGCGGCUCGGAAAGCAGCAGCCGAAUCGGAACCAAUGCCAUUGUUACCGCCUUAUAUCGAUCCGACCGAUCUGAAAGAAGCGCUUGUCGGCGAGUAUGGACACCAAGCGACGCGAGUGUUACGGGAAGAUGACGAUAUUGCUGUCACUAUUCUUGCCUACACUACUUUUGCGAGACCGUGUGAUUCUGAUUGUCCGGCAAUGUGUGCUGAUGAAGCUGCAGUGGUGCGUAUCGCAAUGCGCAAAUGUGCGCUUUGUGUUGAAGGAUUUGCCAGCGAAUUCGACGUUCAGUCACAGCACUACGUGUGGAUGGGAGAAAACCUGAGUGUUGGAAAAUGGAUGGAAAAAUACGAACUCUGCUAUCAGGGGAUCCGGACUUUGAAGAAACGAUUUCGUGACCGUGCUCGUCUCAUACGUUUGGUGCAGUUAUGCUUGGAGGCGGUUAGCAGUGAAAAUUAUUUGCAUAUGGAGUCGUUGCUUCGUCUUUCUGCUCUCGACGACAACCUCAGAGAAACUUUCUUGUCCGAGUACGCUGCUCCACGUUCUCAGCUUCAUCACACUCAAGCUGUUGUGACGCGGAAUUUUUCGAAGAUGAUCUCGCAGUUCAAGGAAGCAAUGCUUGUUCAAGAGGAUCGCGUUUGUGAAGUAUGCAACCAGCUAACAUCGUCGAAGUACAUUUCAACGUAUCCGUUUUCAAAGUUUGAGCAGUUUCUCGACCCCUCCUCAUCGUCAUCAUCAUCAUCAUUGUCGUCGUCGCCGUCGUCGUCGCCGUCGUCUUCGUCGUCAUCAUUGAAAAAGAAGAAGAAGAAGAUAAAGGUGAAGAAGGAAGAGGAUAAAAAAAAGAAGAAGAAGAAGAAUAAGAAGAAGAAGAAUAAGAAGAAGAAGAAGAAGGUACAGAAGAAAAAGAUUCAAUGUUGUGUAAUGUGUAGAAAGUCGAUGUCGAGACGAAGGAAUCCGACAUUACCGGCAGCGGCAAUGCUCAACAAUUUUGCUCCCGACGUUGAAUGUAAGGAGUUGAGCUGUUUGAACGCAAUUGAGAAGAUGCUCAUCGAAAAGUCGCGACCGCUGCAAAAGAUACUCUUUCUGCAUUCGAUCACUGAGCGUAAGACGAGAAUGAGGUCAUCAAACGCGGUUAUGGUAGUGGUUCCGACCGACAUUGAAGCGACAUUUGAUCGAGUCGUCACCACUCUUCCGUCGGAAUCGAAUCUUUUGAUCAACGUGCGAACCGAUUGGAAUAAGACGUACAUCGUGAGUCUUCCGAAAGUUGUGACAGCGUUGGAGUUUUUGAAAGCGAACAAUCCGUUGUAUGCCGACGUCACAAUUGACAAAAACUUUAAGUUUAACAUCGGAAAAUCGGUUACUUUCCAAAAACCGUUCGCUACACAAGCCGAUGCGGACCAGCUCAUCACUCGUUCGAUACCGACCGUCGACGGCAUGCAUCUUCUCACGCAGGACAUGGUUUCGGUUCAGCCAAUGAGGCGAAUCAAUCAGGCGAGAGACAAAGAGACGGCAGCGGCAAAGUAUACACUCAGGAAAAAUGUGUAUGCGCCGAAAAAGAUCAGCACAGCCAAUCUCGACAUGGAGGUGUUUCCGGUGAAGCAUCCGUUUGGCGAUGAUGGAAUGCACGCGAUGCGACUGCCUAAAACGCGCCUCACGAAGUACAUUCGAACUAGGCUCCUGAAUGCGAACAGAAGAUUUGCGGUCGACCACAAAUGGACAUGUUUUAUGUUCGCCUAUAAGCAGCAAAUUGCUGUCACAUCAGUUCAAGGUUUGUUGAAGCGUCGUUUUUGUUUGUAGUGUUGUUUCUGAAAAUUUUUCUUUUUCAGGUGUCAUGGCGCGAGUUAAUGGAGUUCAUCGGUCGGAACAGUUUGAUCCGGAAAGCGAAGCGAGUCAAAAGUUGAUGAUGUCCAUGUUUCACAAAAUGCGUGGAUAUCCGCCGUAUUGGAAGUCGGUCAAGUUUGAGGUGCGUUCGUCGGCAGCCAUUCAUGGUACACCGACAUGGUUCGUGACACUCAACCCGAACGUGACAAAGUGGACCGAUCUUCAUGCGCUCUAUAAUCGCAUUAACGGAACGACCGAUGUGGACGAGAAGUCGAUUGAUGAAGCGAUCGCUCGAGAUCCUGGAAUUUUUGCUCGUUAUUGGCGCAAUCGCAUUAAGAACUUUAUGGCAGAAGUGAUGUUGCGAUCGGAUGGUGGUCCGCUCGGUGUAGUCACGCAUUACUUCUAUCGCGUGGAAUAUCAACAUCGCGGCACUCAGCAUGUGCAUUGUCUGUUUUGGACAAAAGAUCGACCACGAGCUGAUGCAAGUGCUGCCGAAGUCGAGGCGUUUCUCGACAAAUAUGUGACUUGUCGUAUGCCGGACGCGAAAACGGAACCCGAGCUUUAUGCGGCUGUCAAGAAUAACCAGAUGCACUGGCCGACGCACUCGAAGACGUGCCGGCGACGUCGGAAAAUCAAUGGUCGUUGGACGACAGAAGUGUGCCGGUUCGGAUUCCCAAGAUUGGGUUAGUUUGAAAAUGAGUCUAUUAAUUUUGUUUUUCGUUUUGCAGUAUGCCGACGAACAAUAUUUUUUGUUGGUGAUCGAACGGCAAAGAAGAUGGGAUGUGGACUGCGUGAUAGACCCUACCAUUUGGCGAGGAAGAAGGAGGAAACGAUGAUAAAUGAUUACUCGCCGGGAAUGCUUCUCACGUGGGACGGAAACGUGGAUGCACAGUUUAUUCCCGAAGGAAUCAAAAAUAUCUUGGGCUAUGCUACUGGUUACACGACAAAGGGUGAGAAGGCAAAGCGGGCCGAGGACAAUUCGAUAACACGGAUGGCGAUGGAAGGCAUGAAGCAGUCGGACCUCGUCUGGAAGAUCGCUUACAAUAUGCUCGAGCAGAGAGAACUCGGAAUGCUUGAGAUAAUGGAUGAUCUUUUGUCGCAUCCACUGUUUGUUUCGGAUUGUGCUCACGUCUUCAUUCCGAAUGAUCCGAGUAGUGAUAGACUACGUGUGCUUAUUCCACAAGAACGACUUGGCAAAAGUCGUGGUCGACUAACGGAAAGUAACUGGUUGGACGAUUACAUUCCACAUCGUCCACGGCAGUUCGAAGAAUUUUCGCUCUAUAACAUGAUGACCAACUUUGAGAUUGUUACGUGUAAGAAAGGUAUUUGUCGUUAAUAUUUUUUUCAUUAUAUAUAUAUAUAUAAUUGCUUUUUUUCAGAGUCAACUACUCGACGCAAUCGGUUGUCGAGCGAUGAGGAUGAAGACGAAGAACAUAGUGACGGAAUGGGGAUGGCACAAUUGUGGAGCGAAAACGACGAUGAUGUGUUGUCGACAGGCGAUGGUGGAAAGGAGGGAACUCGCUAUCACUACUAUGAUAAAGGGAGCCCGUUCUAUUGUCAUCCGGAAAUAAAGGCAGGCGACAAAAUUCCGAUUCCACAGUGUCGGCUCAAAUUUAUGCGAAAAGUUAAACAAAAGGUUUGUUUAUCAACCGUUUUUUUGGUUUCUUUUUUUCCCUUGUUUACCAUCAUCAUUAUCAUUUCAGUUGGGACGCUUUCACAUGACGCCAAUGGGCAAGCCGGGAUCGGAGCGAACUGACGAGUAUUUUCGCCGUCUCGUUAUUGUUUUCGUUCCGUGGCGUGUUGAGGACGUCAUCCUCAAUCGGUACGGUGUGGACACUUAUGAGGAAGUAUGGCAGAAGUAUCUGAAGGAGUUGAAACAGAAGCAUCCACUGGGUAGAGCCGAUCUCGAUCUAAUGAUAUCCGGCUACGUGGCACUGAUGCGAGAAGAAGCGGAGUUCGCCGAUCGAAACGACUACCUGAAGAUUAUCAAAGAUCGACUCGAGAUCGACGAAGACGCAGUUGAAAAUCUGGAAAUCCAGAGUCGCGAAGUGGAUGAAAACCAGCACAAGACAGAUGUUCAGCAGCUGAACAAAGUUCAGAAGGUUGGUUGUUCAUGUUGCAUGAGUAGUUAAUAAUAUAUUAUAGUCACAAACUAUUUUCAGGAGAUUUUUGAUCUUGUCUGUCGUCGAGUAGCCGAGCAAGCAGAAGCAGAUCGGGAGAAUGCGGAGAUCGACGCCUACAACAAGGAGAUCACGACGAAAUCUGCGGAUCGGAAGACGCGUGUUGUACGUGCUGAGCCGUUGCUCAUGUUUGUCAGCGGAACGGCGGGUUCCGGAAAAUCAUUUUUGAUAAAAGUGAUAGCGGACGGGCUGACAGCGCGCUACUCGCCAGCAGGUAGUACUGGUCUUCGACCAAGUGUUCUCAUUGCGGCUCCGACGGGCAUAGCGGCGCUCUCGAUUGGUGGAAACACGAUCCACUCACUGUUUAGUCUGACAGUUUCGCAACAAAGGAGAGAAGAUGAGUAUGAGGAGCUUGGCGCGAAAUUUGACCAAGUCAGAUUUUUGUUCUCUAGCGCGAAGCUCAUUAUAAUAGAUGAAGUUUCUAUGGUGUCGAACAUCCUUCUGAUGAAGAUUCACCGGCGUUUGAAAGAGAUCAGCAACAUACAAGAUGGUGGCGGCACUAAUGUGUUCGGUGGAUUCAACGUACUGCUGUUCGGAGAUCUUCUUCAACUGCCGCCAGUACGUGCCCUACACGCAUUCGAGAGUAAGUUGAGGAUUGAUUGCAAAAUAGAGAGGAACGAAAAAAUAAAACCAUUUUCCAGAAGUUCCGCCGCAGGAGAUACAUCGAGUGUUUUCGUCGAUGCCAGUACACGUGAAUUUGUGGAAAGAUAACUUUGCGUAUCGUGAGCUUGUCGAGAACAUGCGCCAAAAAGAGGAAUUGGAGAUGGCGAACAUGUUGUACCGAAUUCGGUGUGGUGCACAUACGUCGGACGAUAUCGAUCUUCUUAUGACGCGUAUGAUUCCGGCAAAAGUGCCUGCUGAUCCAACGGUGAACGAAGAGGGCGAGUAUUUUUUGAAGUUGUUGAAAACCGAUGAGUGCGCGAUGGCGCUGUAUCCGACGAACGAAGAAGUAAAUCGAAUGAACGCGACGAUUAUUGAGCUGAUGAAAAUGGAAACUAUCGAAAUUUUGGCGGAAGAUGAAGUCGAAGCAGAUGCCUCUGAAUUUCUGCGACGCAAAGUAAGCAGACGGACCGGUCCGAAACCAUGGAAAAGAAGGCCGAUCGAGGUGAAGAAGACUAGCAGUCGAGGUAUUCAGCAGGGUGGUGUACCGAAGAUUGUUGAGGACGAUCAGAAAAAGAUGAAAUCUGGUCUUCCCUACCGUCUUCGAAUUGCUGUCGGCGCACGAGUGAUGUUGCGACGAAAUAUUGAUAUAGCGCUACGGCUCGUCAACGGUGCUACAGGUGUCGUCAAGAGGAUAGUGAUGGACGAAGUGAAGCGGCGUCCAAGUUGGAUUUACAUCAAGUAAGACAUAGUUUUGAUUUUUUUUUGCCAAACAAACACUGUAUAUUUUAGGUGGGAUGGAAAUCCGCCGUUCGAGAUUCCCAUCUGUGAGCAGCAGACGUUCUACAUGCGAGGAGAUGACAUCAUGUCGAGAAGACAAUUUCCGCUCGUUCUUGCCUACGCUGCGUCAAUUCACAAGUCGCAGGGCCUGACUCUCAAAAAUGUGUUUAUUAAACCGAAACACAUUUUUGAUGGAGGAAUGUUCUAUGUGGCGGUGAGCCGUGUCACAUGUAUGAAAGGCCUCCAUUUUGCCGGAUUCGAUCAAGACAAGAUUUUCCACAACCAGCGUGCUUUGGACGAGGCGAAUCGUUUGCGUCGUUCUAUUGGACUCGAUUUUCUUGGUGACAGCGCCAAAAAGAUGGUGCACAACAAAAAGAGAGAUGUCGCCGCGAGACCAUGUCCUGCAGAUGAGCCAUCGUCGCAGCUGCCGGAGUCGUCGAAGUCAUUGUCUGAUCAAGAUUUGCCUCGUGCUCAACGUGUUACGCACACCAUUCGAAAAACAGAUAACGAUAUUCGCUCGAUCAUGCCGCGUCUCAAGCACUCCAUCAGUUGUGCCGAUACGCAAGACUCCGCGAUGGAGAGUACUAUCAUUGCGGCCGUUCACAUGAUUGCGAUGAUGGAGGAUCUGCACGAACAGAUGGUACCGCUCUUUUUGAAUGCGGAAGGCGCUGACGAAGACGACAGUAUCGCUCUUAUGAACAUUCGUCUUUGUCUCAGACUUUUGUCUGACAACGUGUCUGAUCUGAGCCGAUGUUUGUCAAAUCGUCCUCGUUCGCAAGAAGUAAUCGAAGGCGUAUUGGAGGUAUGUGUAUGUGUGUGUGUGUGUGUGUGUGUGUGUGUGUUUGUCAGUCAGUCUAUCUAUCUAUCCCUUUUUUCAUUUUCAUUAUUUUAGAUUCUACCGUCGAAGCUCCACAAUUGGUUCAGCCGAAAGUCGGCCGUGAUGUCGCAGUGUUCUCGUUGUCGAGACAAACAGUUCGUCACACGAUUCCGCAACAUUAUUUGGCUCGAUGACAAUGAGGACAAUUCGAGCGGACCGCUGCACGUUGCUGUUCAACAACAUUGUUCAAGAGCUCGUCAAAUUACGAUGCAAUGCGCAAAACUGAUUGACGGUAUGCAGUGUUGUGGUGAGCUGUUGGAAACGGAGGAGUGCGGUGACGACGCGAAAUACUUGUUGGUCGGCCAGUUGAAUCGGAAUUCGAGCUAUGAUUCGAUGAAAAGCGAUCCUGUGCCUAUUGGCAGAAAUCGUUUUCUGCUGAUCGGUGCAAUUCAACUCGCUGCUCCCGUUUCCUUGGAACUGCCGGUUGUGUGGUACCGAAGCCCGAAAUCGGGUUGGAUUGUAUCGGAAGAUGGUGGACACAGCACGGUGCGGAAUGCGAGCCUCAAGAUGAAAGGACUCAACCUCUUCGUUUUUGUUACGAAGACGCGAAAGAGAUUGAAUUCGCAAACAAAAUUGGAGCAAGAUGAGCAUCGACGGAAAGUGAUCGACGACUUCCGUGAUCUUCGAAACGAGAUGUUCGCGGAUUUGGACGACGACGAAAGCGGGGAGGAAGCGUUCAAGACAGCACCAUCAUCACCAUCGACAAGUCGCGAGAAGAACAAUUCGGCGCCGAUAGUUGAUAUGGUCUGGAAUGACGAUCUUCUUGUCAACGAUUUGCCGCAAAUAGAUCGAUCGGAUAAAAUGUUGUUGGAAGCGAUUGAGAAGCACCAAGGAUCGCUGUCCGUUCCGUAUCUCCUAUUGUCGAACGCGUCAGGGACGGAGUGUUUUGUCAACACCGCAGUCAACGUGCUCUUCAGUUGUGCAUCUUUGCGGAAAGAAGUCAUCAUUCGUCCGUAUGCGGACGAUGAGAAGGCGAUUGGAGCGGCACUUCGUCCGUGGUAUGAGUUAAGUGAGGUGUUCCAACGAAGACAGACGUCUGUUCAACGUCUUCGUAAGUCGUUGCCCUCCCAUCUGCAUCACGGACAGCAGGACAUGCGCGACGUUCUCUACUUCUUGUUCGAGGUGAGCGCCGAUUGUCUUUUUUUAACAUUUUUCUCAGUCAUUCUACAUGCAUACAACAUAAUGAAUUGGCUUUUUUCUUUUCAGCAACUAGAGAAAAGCACCGCGCAGAUGAUAAUGCCCACAGUCUCGUUGGAAUACUUUGUGAAGAGGAAGUGUGAAACGUCCGGCUGCAUUGUGGAGGAAACAGCGACCAAGCGUGUGUGGCAUUCUUCACUAUUUCUUGCGGACACGAGAGAGGUGUACAGGCUGGCGGAUGCUCUUCAGGAGUUGUGGUGUACGCGCCAGUCGGUUUGCAGAAGAUGCGGCAACGUGGAGACUGCAGAACACUUGUUCACGCGAUGUCCGCAGUAUCAUCUCGUUGUUGCACACCGACGUAAGUUUUUUGUCAUUAAUAUCAAUAUACUUGUUUUUUGUUUGAGAUAACAAACAAAGAACGAUUCGCAUCACUCAUUCUCUUAAUUUAUUUCAGAAAAUGCACGAGUUGACUGGAAUCUGAAUGACAUGUUUCAUUUGUUUGGUUAUCAGUGGAAGGUGAUCGCAUUUGCUGUGUACAUCGACUUUGGCGGUGGCAACGCUGGACACUAUGUGUGCUUCCGAAGCACUGGAGAUGGUGUGUGGACGAAGGUCGACGACGAUAAGGACAGUGUGACAAUGGUAGCGGAAAACAUCAAACUUCGUGAACAUGGUGCUCUCGUUUUUGUUAUAGAACGUAUUUGA